ACAAGUUCAAGCGGCGGACAUGAACUCACAGGCCGGGCCGUGCAGUGGGAGGAGAGGAGAGUGAAAACAGCUUCAGUAAAGCUCAUCAGCUUUAUCAGGAUGGGCUGUGCUUGCAGUGGCCAGAAACAAGUAAAAGAUGACAAGCUCUCCAAAGGAAAAAAACAAAACUCUCACGCCUCCAACCAGUCCAAUCACAUAGCACGUAGUGGAAGCUCCAAUGUGGAUAAUGAUGAUGAUGUUGUGUUUGUGGCACAGCAUGACUACAAAGCCACCAACGACAAUGAUCUGCCUUUCAAAAAGGGAGACAAACUUAAGGUUUUACAAGAGAAUGGAGAAUGGUGGGUGGCGAAAUCUCUGGCCACUGGACAGGAGGGCUUCAUACCAUGUAACUACGUAGCCAGGGCAGACACACUGGAGAUGGAAAAAUGGUUUUUCAGGGACAUGACUAGGAGAGAGACUGAACGACUGCUUUUAGCCCCCGGAAAUAAACCGGGCGCCUUUCUGGUUCGGGAGAGUGAGACGUGUAAAGGGUCCUUCUCUCUGUCAAUCAGAGAUCACGCACCAGAACAAGGAGAUGUGGUAAAACACUACAAGAUCCGCUGUCUGGACAAAGGUGGCUACUACAUCUCCCCCUCCAACUCAUUCCUAUCGCUACAGGAACUGGUUAGAUACUACACACGUACGGCAGACGGUUUGUGUCAGCGGCUGUACGCUCCUUGUAAGGCGAAGGAUCCCGAGCAGCCGUGGGCAUAUGACGAAUGGGAGAUUCCCAGAGAAACGUUGAAGAUGGUGAAGAAACUGGGGGCCGGGCAGUUUGGAGAAGUGUGGAUGGGUUACUAUAAGAACAACCAGAAGGUUGCUAUCAAGACGUUAAAGGAGGGGACGAUGGAGCCUGAGGCCUUCCUGCAGGAGGCCAACCUGAUGAAGCAGCUGCAGCACGAGCGACUGGUGCGCCUGCAUGCUGUCGUCACCAAGGAGCCCAUCCUCAUCGUCACAGAGUUCAUGGUCAAUGGAUGUCUCCUGGACUUUCUGAAAUCAGACGAAGGGAAGAAGCUGAAGCUAAAUAAGCUGAUAGACAUGUCAGCACAGAUAGCUGAAGGCAUGGCGUACAUCGAGAAGAAGAACUACAUCCACCGAGACGUGCGUGCAGCCAACAUAUUGGUCAGUGCUACUCUGCACUGCAAGAUAGCAGACUUUGGCCUGGCCAGGAUAAUCGAGACAGAAUACACAGCUCAAGAAGGUGCGAAAUUUCCCAUCAAAUGGACGGCUCCAGAGGCCAUAAAUUUUGGCACGUUCAGCAUCAAAUCGGACGUGUGGUCCUUUGGGAUCCUCCUCACAGAGAUCAUCACCUAUGGAAGAAUACCUUACCCAGGGAUGACAAACCCAGAGGUGAUCAGGAGCCUGGACCAGUCGUACCGGAUGCCGCGUCCGGACGGCUGUCCCGAGGAACUCUAUGACAUUAUAAUGAUGUGUUGGAGGCAGAAGGCUGAUGAUCGGCCGACGUUUGAAUUUCUGCAGAACAUUCUCAACGACUUCUUUAUCGCCACGGAGGGACAAUAUGAGAUGCAGCCAUGAUAAAAGGAAACGUUUCCUGUUGAAGGCAGCAAAGAGACGUCUUAAAGAGACAUGUGAGACUUGAAUCGACAGAGGAUGAGGACCACCCAAACAUCCUUUUAAAAACCAAUAAACUUUUUUAAACAUUUCAAAUGGACACAUUUUUACGCCUAACUUCUGAGUGAAUGUAAAAGCGAUUCAUGGCUUCUUCUGUCUCUAAGAAACAUGUUAAAGUCAGAAAGGAAGCAUUUUAUUAAACUGUCGGUACUCCUGUUACUGAUGGCUGCCAUUCUGGUCAGGUGGAGACAUAAUUAGGACUGAAAUACACUCAUAAAAAAAAGGCCUCAUGGAAAUACAAAUACAGUACGUGCACAAUGUAUGAAAAGGCCUUUGGACCCGGGGACGUCGGCACAUUUGCAUGGUACAGAAACAACCAGCCUGAGAUUACACGCACAUUACACGCACUUUUAAAAAAUGUUGUCCCUUCAGUCAGUCAAUAAAUGUAUAAGAUAAAAAAGAAAGGGG